AUGAGACAACAGGAUAAUGAGAGGAGACGACAGGAUACUGAGAAGAGACGACAGGAUACACAGGGGGUCCCUCCCACGAUGAAUGAGGGUGUUUCUGUCGAUGCUGGAGCCGAUGCUGCUGCGGAUGUUCCUGCGGCUGCUGCUGCGGUUGCUGCUAGAUCGAAGGCACCGAUUCGAGGUUUGGAUUGUACGGCUGAAGAAAUGAAUACUGAAAGGAGACGACAGAAUACUGAGAUGAGACAACAGGAUAAUGAUAGGAGACGACAGGAUACUGAGAGGAGACGACAGGAUACACAGGGGGUCCCUCCCACGAUGAAUAAGGGUGUUGCUGUCGAUGCUGGUGCCGAUGCUGCUGCGGCUGCUGCGGCGAAUGUUGCUGCGGCUGCUGCUGCGGUUGCUGUAUCCUGUCAUCUCCUCUCAUUAUUCAUUUCUUCAGCCGUACAAUCAAAACCUGACAUCGGUGCCUUCGAUCGCUGA